CUCCAGAAUAUAAUCAUUCUUUCAUUGUGGCAUAUUGAUACCUCCUGAAGCGAAUCAAACAGAGUGAAUACUAUCUUCAGGAGGCAACCGGGGCUGAAGGGGAAUGUAUUUGCAAGUCAUGGGACAUGGUGGCGUUCAGAGAACAAGAAGGAACCAGGGCUAGGUAUAUAUCGGACAAGAUAGUUCUGUGAAUGUGUGCUUUAAUUUGAACAACUUUUCUAUGUUCCACGUCUCUUGAAUAUGUUUGAUGACCGACGUCUCUGUGAAAGGAGUAUGUCUACAAUGGCUCAGUAGACUGUAGACUAAACCGAUGUGCCACUAACUCUUCAAUUAAGAUCUCGUUUUUAUAACUGCCAAUAGUGUCCGGAAUUAAAAAGCAUGUUUGCUGAGUAUCAUUCCUGUAUUACCUCCAUGGGAAACGGAAUACUUCGUCACACGUGACUGUUUAUGGUUUAAUCUAUCAACAAAAGAAAAUAAAUAAAUGGAAAUGAGCUGAAUAGAAUAUCAUCAGAUUUAACAUGCCAAAGUUCCUGUGAGACUUAGGUGUGUCUUUUGUUUUUGCAGCAGUCCGUAAUGUAGGCCUCUAUGUACAAUGCUAUUCUCCCAUACCACUCUUAAUUGGAUCUCACUUAAUUGCUUCACUAGUCGAUUACCUCCGAUGGUCAUAGACAGCUUUUUAUUUUCUCCUUUGAGACUAAUUUGAGCAAAGAAAAUUUGACAAGGAAACCAUCAUCAUCACUGAUAAUUUUAGCGUCUAUGCAGUCAAAGCAAAAACCAACAUCAUAGGUCUUCAUAAGCUUCCUUUGUCAUUGGAAUCAAGACUAAACUCUGUCUUAAGGUCAACGGUCAAAGACGAACUUCAGAAUCAAUUUCUGCAGUAUGCAUCACAUAUAAUCCUUAUGUAGGACGAGACUAAUUGGAACCUAGAAAAAAUUUACAAGACACCAUCAUCACUGAAGGUCUUUUACUUUGGCAUAUGAGCAGUCAAGGCCAAAACCAAUAUCUUAAUUACGUCUUCCCUUUGGACUCAAAAGAGUCAAGACCAAACUCUCUGUCACAAAGUUAAAAUCAUAGAACUUCAUACUCAAUAUCUGCAGUGAGCAUCAAAACCCUCCAUUACAAAGCCAUCCUCUUUAAAUCCCUUCGUUGAUCUGGAUAAAUAACUUAUUUGGCAGCAGAUGACAGAUCACUACAAUCAUGCCAUUCUAUGAUUAUUCAAGUUACGAUGAAGGUAUAGAGCAGGACACCAUCACCGUCUGCAACAUGACAUUUAACAUUGAACCUGGAGAGUACAUCCUGCAUGACUAUGCUCCCCGUGUCAUCUUAGCUCUUCUCGUCCUUGCCAUUUUCCUGGUCGGAACCCUUGGAAACCUGUUUGUCAUUGCUGCCGUCAUCUUUUCCAAACGUUUACAAACUACUACUAAUGUUUUCAUUGUAAACCUGGCCGUCUCUGACUUCUUGACAGCACUGUUCUUACCUGUUCAUGCUUCCACGCUUUUAAGUAAAUCAAGUUGCUAUAUUCCUGAUCUACUCUGCAAGUUUGUGGCAGCAGCCACCUUGACAACCCUCGGUUGCAGCGUUGUCACCUUGGCUGCAAUCGCCUUUCAUCGCUUCACUGUCCUUUAUGGCAUCAUGAAACCUAAACCCAAAUUCAACGAUGCAUUUAGCACCCGCAAUAUCCUGAUCAUGGUUUUAUUCACGUGGCUCUACCCCAUCGUUCUCAUGGUCAUCAUACUUCCUCUCGAUGUUGGAUCCUUGGGUUAUGCUCUCCAGUACAAGGUGUGCGCACAGAACACUGAAAAUGACAAUUCAGACUUCUUGACCCUUGCAGUAUGUCUCCUUGUUCAGUUUCCUGCCUUUGUCGUCAUCAUUGUUUGUUAUAUCAACAUCUUCAAAAUGCUAAGACGUCAUCAACGAGAGAUGAACGCUAUCAUGACUCCGGUCAUGAACGAGAAGAGCGAGGUCAGAAUAACGAUCACUGAGGAUUCGUCAAAGGAAAAAUCAGAUGCUGCAUCAAUCGGUAUCGUCAAUCCUGGUUUUGAUGAAAGCGAUGGCUUCAAAUCUGCACCUGCUGCAGAUCAGGAAGUCUUAAAGGAACCUUCAGAUGCUGAUCAUUAUGGUAACAGCCAACCAGGAAACGGUGAACAUUCAAUGAUACCUUGUGAACCUACAGAUCAAGACAGCUCAAGGUUUAGAAAGAUACCCCCAUCAGGUAGGACAGAAAACAACGCUUGUGAUAACCUCACAACAGAACAACAGAAAGUUCGCUUCAAGCAGCAACGCAAGCUAACCAUCAAUAUAUUCAUCAUCAUUUGUGUUUAUACCCUCUGUGUAAUGCCACCAGCUGUAAUAUAUCUCAUACCUACCAGUGAUCCAGCUGUUCCUUGGUUUACGAUUCUGUUCCUCUGCAAUGUUUGUGUCAAUCCCAUCAUAUAUGCUUUGAAGCAUCCGACCUUUAGGGAGGUCCUCAUUUGCAUGGUUAAAUGCAAGUACAUAGACAUUCCUGAACAGUCAUCGUUCUUGAUAAACCUGCGCUAUUCACUAAGCAACAGGAAAAAUUAACCUCAUUCUUUGUGCAUGAGACAAUGAUAACAUCUCUUGGAAACUGAACAUGCAUACAGUGGUGCUCAAAAGGUAGUG